AUGGAAUUUAGUUGGGAUUGUCAUUAUGGCGUCACGAAGAGACUCGCAUCACUCGUCGGCCAGUGGCCUUAUCAGAACAAGAGAGAGAGGAUAUUGAGGAUGGGUGUGACGAUAACGGCUGCGCUUAUCUUGAACAUCCCACAGAUUAAGACUUUUACCGAUCGCGUGUUUCCCGAUUGGGAGAGAUUGCAGAGUUCGCAAGAAUACGAAAUCAUGAAAACUUACGUUGCGAAUGCAAAAUGGAAUAUCUGUAUGUAUUUCGCCAUUGCUGUAAUGGGAACCUCUACAUUCGUGUUUGUGUCUCUCAUACCGCACAUACUAGACGUCGUAUUACCACUUAACGAAUCCCGCCCUAUAAUACUACCUUACGAAGCUUAUUACUUCGUUGACGAAAGGAAAUAUUUCGUUUAUAUUUUCUUGCAAGGUGGCAUAGCCCUUCAUAUAAUUCUAAUGGCACUUGUCGCUUACGACACCAUGUUUAUGACUUUCGUCGAACAUAUUUGUAGUAUCUUCGCCGUGGCCGGAUUCCGUUGCGAGCAUUUGGUAAAUAAGGAUGUCGAUAUAGUUAAAAUUGUUAAUAACGACCUGGGGGACAUGCACAAUAAAAGAAUGGCGCGCUGCGUGAAGGUGCAUUGGGCGGCUCUAGAAUUCGCGGAACAUCUUGAAGAUACCUUUUCAUUAGAUUUCGGUAUAGAGUUAGUGUUAGCGACAAUAGCAAUGAGUAUUACAUUAUAUCAAGUCACGUUACAAUCAGAUGACAGCUUAGAAGCAAUGAGGUACGUAAUCUAUGUAAUCGCACAAAUGGUUCACUUGUUCAUCUUUUGUUGGGAAGGCCAAAGACUGAUAGACCACAGUCUGCUAAUACAUGACAAGAUUACUGUUUCGAAAGACAUGGAAUUCAGUUGGGAUCGUCAUUAUGGCGUCACAAAGAGACUCGCAACAUUCGUCGGCCAGUGGCCUUAUCAGAACAAGAGAGAGAGGAUAUUGAGGAUGGGUGUGACGAUAACGGCUGCGCUUGUCAUGAACAUCCCACAGAUUAAAACUCUUACCAAUCGCGUGUUUAUCGAUUGGGGGAGAUUGCAGAGUUUGCAAGAAUACGAAAUCAUGAAAACUUACGUCGCGAAUACAAGAUGGACUGUCUGUAUCUAUUUCGCCAUUUGUUUAAUAGGAUGCGCUAUAUUCGUGUUUAUGUCUCUCGUACCGCACAUACUAGACGUCGUAUUACCACUUAACGAAUCCCGCCCUAUAAUACUACCUUACGAAGCUUAUUACUUCAUUGACGAAAGGAAAUAUUUCUUUUAUAUUUUCUUGCAAGGUGGCAUAGCCAUUCAUAUAGUUCUAAUGGCACUUGUCGCUUACGACACCAUGUUUAUGACUUUCGUCGAACAUAUCUGUAGUAUCUUCGCCGUGGCCGGAUUCCGUUGCGAGCAUUUGGUAAAUAAGGAUGUCGAUAUAGUUAAAAUUGUUAAUAACGACCUGGGUGACAUGCACAAUAAAAGAAUGGCGCGCUGCGUGAACGUGCAUUGGGCGGCUCUAGAGUAA